UAGAGAGAGAGAGAGAGAAAAGAGCGACAGCGAGACUGUCUCUGGAUGAGGUCCAGCAGAGCUCCUCCUCCCCUUCUUCUCCUAGUUUCAUGCAUUCCAGAAAUCUUUCUGUUGUCGGAUUUUCACUGUUAAAAGUUCAUCUGAAGGAUUGUAAAGAUUGUUUUCUCGUGUGACACAUAAACCCUGUAGGAGGUAUCUCAGGCUUGUAAUCGCACACCUAGUCGAGGAGUGGUCCCAGCACUGAUCCCUGGGGCACACCCUUGGAUAUACUAAGAGGGCUAGAGGUCAGCCUCAACAUAGAGCUCUCCACAGUAACAUGUCCUCUGAGGGGACAGUGCCAGCAGGUGAAACCAGGUUACAUCGACUCUUCGCCUGGUUUGACCCUGAAAGUGCUGCGGUGGUGACCAUCCUUUUGGGGCUGUUCCAGGUGCUGCUGUCUGUCCCGCUAGCUUAUGCUGACCAAACUCUGCCAAAGCUCUACAUACUGCCACUUGUCUUAGGAAUUUUAAUUGUGGCAGGAGGAUCAUUCACCAUGGCCAAUGAGAGGAACCCCAGCAGACUACUGCUUCGGAGUUGUGCAUGCAGUAAUGUGGUUGGCCUGCUGGGGGCGCUGCUCGCCUUCUGCCUCUACUGCUACAGCUUCAUCAUUUUACACAAAAAAGAGUUGUGUGUGUACGUUUCUCUUGGCCAUGAAUACGGACGACAUUCAAGUUAUGGGUGUCCUGGGGAGCUUCUGCAGGCCUAUUGCUGGAGUGUGACACUGCUGCUGCUGCUGCAUGACACUUGGGCUGCGGUCCUGCACUGCCUCCUGUCUGUCUCUGCUCUCAAAGCCCUCAGAAGAGACUAAUACACACAUACAUGCCGUCCUGGCAAAUCAAAUGGAGAAGCUCCAGGACCUGAGCCAAUCAGAGCUACAGGAGCUCCUGGACAGCCCAGAGAGGGUGGAGUCUAUGGCUCUGGAGUCUGACGAGAUCCAGAACAUCCAACUGGAAAGAGAGAUGGCCCUGGCAUCAAAUCGCAGUCUGGCUGAGCAAAACCUGGACAUGAAGCCUCGUCUGGAGUCACAAAAGGAGGUGCUGGUCGAGAGAUAUUCCCAGCUAGAGGACGUCAGAGAAACUUACAGACAACACUGCUCCCUAAGAGAUGGGAUGGUGGGUCAGGUGUCUCCAGAGGCGUUGUUCUCCAGACUACAGACAGAGGGCAGCAAAACGGAGGCAGAGUCAGAGGCGCUAGCUGAUGAGUUUCUGGAGGGUUCUCUGCUUUUGGACUCCUUCCUUGACCGCUUCCUCUCCCUGCGCUCCCUUGCUCACAAAAGACGGGUGCGGAUAGAGAAACUCCAGGAGAUCCUGCGGCAGAGGAGCGAGGGCAAUCCCACCUCAAUGACAUCAUCAGCAGGCAUCAGCCAGGAUCCCGCAGCCACGUCCUCACCAUGGAAUCAACAGACAACAGCAACCACGACAAAUCAGCAGCAGCCUAACUCCAAACCUCAAUCCUCCAGCUACCAAAACGCCUCGAAACUGGCCUCCUCGUCUUCAGGGGGCUCCUCCGGCCUUCCUUACAGCCCGUACCCUGCUCCCCCCCCCAACUCUGCCCCUAUGGUAACAGCAGGCUCCGGCCCGGCCAACCCCCCAUCACAGUUCCCUCCGUACCCAGGUUCUGGCUCAUCUUUCACCCCAGCAGGGAGCUACUCUGGUCCCAGGCCCGCUUUCGGGCCGCCAACUUCGACUGCCUGCCCUUACCCAACCCAGCCCUCCUUCCCUGCCCCACACCCGGGCUCAGCGUUCGGCCAGUACACCCCCAGCCAACCCCAGAGUGGCCCCGUGCCCUAUCCUGCCUCCUACAGCUAUGGCGGCUACAGCUACCCAGCCGGGCCCGCCUAUUCCAAUUCUCAGUCGCCAACAGGGAGACCAAUCUGCAGACCAGGAUAUGGUGUUCCACAGCCGUACUCCUGACUCCUCUGUCUGAUUUCUUCUUCACAAUUCUUUCCUUCUUUGCUGUCUCACCCUUUCCUUCUCCCUCCCUCCUUAAACUCCACUUUUGUUACCCUAGUUCCCUCUCCUCAUCUUGUCUUUUCUUCCCUCCCUCUUCAUUUCUUCCAUGCUCUCAGAUUCAUGACGCUUUACAUAUUUGUUGCACUAUUUCUCUCUUUCUCAGUCUGUUGAUCUCUCUCUUUCUCUCUGUCCUUUUCCCUGUCUCUGUCACCCUGUGACCCACCAACUCCCCCACACUAGUCUCAGGUUGUUGCGUUGUGUUUAAGUGUUAAAACACUUUUAUCUGGCCCUUCACACACUCCCUCCCUCCUCCUCUUCCAUUUCAAGAGUGUGUGUGUUGCUAUUUGGCAAUCAGAAACAUACAAGUGCACCCCCUUAUGACAAAUACAUAGAAAAUCUGCCUUUGUAACACUACAUCAGUGUCCAGUAGCUUUUGUCUAAUGUCUAAUUCCUACUGGUUUUUUUGAGCAAUUCAAUUCAAAUCAGUUAUAUAACGCCAAUUCAUAACAGAAGUCCGCACUCUUCAUACAGAGCAGGUCUGCACUGUAUUCUGUACAGUCUGCAUUGAGACUUGCAUUGGAAGGUAUUUUCUUGGGCUCAGCUCUUCCAGACCCUUCCCUACUCCAAACAUAAACGUGACAGGUGACUUUUAUUAUGCACAAUCACCUGUGGACAGAGGGCAGAAGAACCACCAGUAACUCCAGAAACCAGUCACUUUUUAUUUUCUUCAUCCAAAGAACCUUGUGACGAAGGCAGUGUUUUGUUUUUUCCCUUACAUACAACAUUAAAGGUCCCAGUGUAAAAUGAA